GGGAUAGGGAUGGCGGCGGAAAAGCAGGAGGAGUCACAAAUUGUUGUACCAGGGAGCUGUGUGGGCAAUGCCGGCAGCUCAUCCUUGGAAUUCGAUGGUCCACCUGAGGUGUUGACUGGCCUGGCAGUGAGAAUCUCUGUUUCAUUUGAUGCCCCUUUCUGAUGUUCAUUAGCAGUGUGCAGUGCUCUCCUGUAUCCUGGUCUUCACAGGCUGCUGCUGUUACAGAGAGUGCAAUGUACAAUCCACAGAAUCUUGUUGCACCAUUCUCCAUAAGGUGCAGUUAUUUCUCCUGCAGGUGAACGUUAAAACUCCGAAGGACUCAGAAUGCUCAGCCGACUGCAGGAGUUGAAGAAAGAAGAAGAAGCUCUACUGAAAGCCAAAACCACUCUACAAGAUCAAUUGAACCGACUCAAGGUAGAAGAGUUGGCCCUUCGCUCGAUGAUCAUGACUAGGGAAGAUGGUGAUGACGACAAUGAUAACGGUGGUCAAGCAGCUGAACCUGUACAGUCCUCAAUGCAGGUAGAUGAUGCAAGUGUUAUCAAUCAAACCCAGCUUCAGUUGAGCACAUUACAGUCUGUUAGAAGUGCAUCGCAGGAAAAUGAGGAAGAGGAGGAGGAUGAAGAAGAAUGCAACUCCUAAAUGGGUCAAUUUUCAGAAAAGAAUGCAAAGAAGUUGUACAAACAAAAUUUCAUUUUAAGCUGGAGUGUUGAACUGCACUUGUAUUCAGAGACUUCAUUCUUUACAGCAGUGUAUCAGAGCUCAUAGUUUUCAAUAUAUGUGCACUGGAAAGAUGGUUGCCUCAGGGGACAGAUUCUGCCAUCUCUGAGCCUGCAGCUUGCUAACUAUUGCGAUAUUGAGUGCAUUUGAAAUAGUUAUCCUCCUUGCUAUGCCUCUUUCUUGAGAGAAACAAAGAAAGACUGAAGAUGAAAAGAAAAUGGGAAUUUGUUACCUUUAUACAGCAAGUUAAGUGUCAUAAACAUUUUUGAUACAGUAAAACAUUGAAGAAUUUUUGGAUUAAGAACAUUUUAAACUAAAAUGCCGCAAUGUGGCUGAGGAAUAAAAGUGGGCCUGAGAUUCUACAGUGCUGAGCUUUUAUUGAAGCAUUGUUGUAAGAACAUCAGAACAACAGGCAAAUUUAAAAGUCAGUUAGGUCUGUGGAGUAUGUAUGAAUCCUGUCAUAUCUGUUCUCAGCUAAUUCGAGACUUUACUGUUUGUGAGCCUCACUGUGGUUCUCUAAUGGUGGGUAACUGAUACCACAGCAGUAUUUUGUGACAAACAUUCUUACGUAAAAGAACUACAAAAGAAUUGAAGAUUGUUGGCCUUGAGCUAUAUGCCUUUGAAAUAAUAGUGUUAAAUAUGUUGAAUAAUAGAGUUGUAUUUAAUAAUGAGGGUGAGUUGGAUGUGGUUCAGUGUUUUGCUUCUGCAUGGAUACAUUCUUUGUUGCGUUUUGGAAGAGAUUUUAAUGUUCUACAAGAUGUUGACAACUUUGUUUUUUUUUGAUUAUAAAGCCAUGAAGAGCAGUUACUGCAGCCUGUAAUCAUCAACUUCAGUCAGCUAGUCUCUUCAUUGUGAUUCACAGUCGCUGUAUUUGAGAUUAUCCACAAUCACUCUGUUAUUGACUUGCACAAAUGCAGCUAAUUUGCAGCCUACAGGUGUAUCCCACCUGUAGGUUAACUUUGUGAAUUCAUGGAGCCUGACUCCAAGACAAUAUGUCGGUGUCAGUUACUGAGACUUGCCUCCAAACAAGCAGAGCAGGAGUGUAGAAUUAUACAACGCUGAGUUUAAUUCAGUUAUCGCUUGUGUUUUUAAAAUGCAGUUAUCUUCUGAGUUCCCAGCAUUGUGGCCUAUUCCACUGAGUCCACUAGUCAAGCCAAAAAUGUUUGUAUGGGAUGCAUUUAUAUCGUAACCACGCCUUUUUCAAAAGAGCCACCAUUUUGUUGACUUUUUGUGUGCCUUUUAACAUAGAGGUGGCACUGUGCCAGGUCACGUGGGUCUUCAGUGGUUCAUGAAGCCGUUCAUGAGAAGUACUAUCCAAUCUUGAAUGAAAUGCACCAUGACUCUCUGCGCUCAUUCAAACCACACCAAAUGUUGACUCUAUAGCAUUAGGUAUGAAGCUGCAUAUUUGAGCAUUCUCCAAAAUUGAAUAUUUUGAUUAAUGAUCCCUUAAGGUACUGCAAGCAAAAUGAUCCUUCUCUUGUGUCUGAAACCAUCUAAAAGGUUUUCGUUUAGUUUUUUUAAGAGUAAAAUCAUAUAUUUGCAUGAUAUUCCUUUGUGGGUAGCUCUCAACUGAUUUAUUUUGAAAGAGUGGGUUUCCUAUGGUAACACCUUAAGAGAUUUGUCUUUAGGUGAAAGCAGGUUUAGAAGAUUGAAUAUAAUUUGACAGGACUAGAGAUAAUUUGAUGCCUACUUUGAAGUUACAAAUUCUGCUUUUAUUUUAUAUAUCCGCUAUAAAUUCCAAUUUAAAUACAAUGCACUGUCUUUAAAGUGUCCUGGCAGUGGUAAUGCUGCAAGACCUCCAAUUGCAGGUAUGUAUAAUUUCAGUGUGGCACAUUUUAUGAUUAAAACUUUAAAUUAUCGUCACGGACACAAGAAUUUACAAUGGAGAAAAUAAGUUGACAUCAAAUGUAUGCAGAUUCUUAAUAUAUGGGAGAUGGAUUAAUGACUGCUUUAUAAACAUAUGUAUUAUUUUACUAUUGUAGCGUUAUCAGUAAAUCCAUGAAUGUGCUUUUAGGUUAUUAUGGUCAAGAUCUUGAGAUACUGCCUCGCAGCUUCAAAUAAAUUCUUAAGCUUUUGCCUGAUAUUGAAACUGUGAAUGUAAUAGUUAUUUUUAAAACACUGUAAAACUGUGUAAAACAUACAGAAGAAAAAUGUGUGCCCUGUAACAUCUUAAUGGCAAGUGAACAGCUUUUCUUUGUCUGUGAAAAUAACAUGUAUGUUGUGUUUUGUUUUUCAUUAGAGUUCAUUUUAAGUUGAGCUCAUCAGUUAAAUUAUGUGGCCAAUAGUUAACACUAACCUGCAGUGUCCUGGUUGAUGAAAUGAGAGCUAGUGAUGAGCUGCAGUAUUCACUAUAAAGGCAUGUGCAAACGGAAAUGAGCUCGAAAGGUGGUGAUGCCAGGACAGUGAACUUGUUUUAGAGCCAGCUAAACAUGGAUUGCAUUUUUGUGAUUUUUUGCUCCGGAAGAGUUGGUAGGUAAAACUGAAAACACAGUUGACAAAAGCUCUUCUCCCUUCUGGCAGGCACACUCAGAAUUAACAAAGGCUGCUGAAGGGUUUGUAAAGCUGGCCAUUCGAGACUUUGUUGAGGAGUUGGGGGUACGUGAAGAAAUUUUGAGAUGAGAAUAAUAGUGCUAGUAUUUAUCACCAGACUGGUCAAGUUGUUUCAGGACACACAUAGUAGUUGUAUUUUUCUGACUGAAAGCCUAUUGACAUAUUUUGAGUAUUGUUGCAAGAUAAAUGUGUCGGCCUUUAAGUGAAAAAUUGUGAAAGAUUUUUGCAGCUAAUUAGUUGCACUCUUACAAAGUUAAUGAAUAAUAAAAUUGAUUUUUGUUUCUUG